AUGAUUGUCUACUUGUCCAGUCUCGAGCAAACCAUUACAGUCAAAGGAAUGGCCCCAUCAUCUCAGAUGUGUUUUGGUAGGGUUGAUCACUUGAGCCUAAUUGUCGAAAACAGCCAAUUCAUCUCCAAUGAAGGCGCCGAGGUUUCGGUGAUUACGAUCAAAGAGGUUACGGGAGAAUGGAAAGCGAUUGUAUUACGCUUGAAUCACGGCGUUCGUGAGGCGCUCCUCUCUUCCGACCCUAGCGAAUCGAUCCAAAAAGCCAUCGAAUCACUACAUUUGAAGACUGCAGAAGCUGCAGCCAUUUACGUCAAGAACAAUGGAUUUAGCCUCCUUCCUGAUCCGAACAAGGACGAAGACGACUUCAGUGACGACGAAACAGUCUCAGUAGUCUCGGAACAGAAUGGUAGCUCAAGUGAUGACGGUCUAUCGGUUUCCGACAGCUCGGAUGAUGAAUUGGUCACUCCAGCCUCGUCGUCAUUCAAGGGCAAGCGGUCUGACUCCAAGGCGUCCAAGAAGCGAAGCAAGAGAAGCAAGGCCCGUCGCCCACGUAGCUACGAAGAGAGCGAGGUUUCUGACGAGGAUGUCGUUCGUGCGCCUCCUGCGAGAUCGGUAGGACCCCGGUGUGCACCUCCACCAGCUCCCCCAGUCUACAAUUCUUCAUUGAGGCCCAUGCAUCCGGGCCUGGCGGCCAUGCAGCCUCCUCAGCUGCCCAGGUCUCCUGUCUUACCCCCGGGUGGCAUGCACGGCGUGCCGCCUCACCCAGGGAUGCUACCUCAUGGCAUGCGACAUCCUGGAGUAGUGCGGCCGGCUCGAGUGUAUGAGCCCGCAAAGCCGGUACAUGACGUCCGCAUCACCAUCAACUGGCUUCAGCAUGGUGAACAGCGCAUCUUUGAGUCCACCAAUGCCUCCAUCAGAGCCUUGCAAGAUGCCGCUGUGCUGCACGUUCGCAACCACAUGAGCAAUUUUGACAAUGUCACGCCCAUGGACCACUCACCGAACCGAGCGUGGAAUCUGAGGGCAGCCGUCAAGCAGGCUUUCUUUGGUGCCGAGGCCUACGACAUGAGCAACUACCGUGGUGAUGAUUUGACAAAGCUCUUCAGCGUUUUGGGCAAGACAGACAUUCCCAGUUUCGAGAUUGAGGUGGAUUAUGCGGUGCCUCCUCAUCCUCCUGUACCUGCUGGACACGUCAUUGGUGGUCCCAUGCACAAUCAUCCCGCCACGGCUUGA